CCACUUAACACUACCGAUAAUAAUAACUCGGUUACUCCAGCAAAAGCUCGUUGGAAAUUACUUUUUUCCAUAAUUUCAUCCUAUGAUACGAAUUCCUUAGUGAUUCCCACAAAAUUUUUUAAAAGAAACCAUCAGGGAUUUAACCUGUUUUCGAAAACAAAACUUGAUCAUUCUCCUUUAGAUGAUGUUAAUAAAGUCGAAAAUGUUACUUUGGAAAAGAAAACCUUGAAAUUUGCCUUGAUAAGCGUACUCCAAGGAAUAUCACGAAUG